AUUGUCAUGCUGCGUAGAUUUUUGUGCACGCAUAGUUUGCGGUCUUUACGUGAAGUGUCUCCUAUAUUUCCGAGACAUUUGCAUAGUAACACUUUACUAAAGCGACUUCUUAGGUUAGAGGAAUGCACAACAACUUUACAUAGUGGUCUCUAUUUACAUGUGAGACAUUGCUCUCAAACCCCAAGUUUUCCAAACAAAGCCACAUUUGAGGAAGUUUGUGCCGAAACGCUUGAAUCUUUGACUGAAUAUUUUGAAGAACUUGUCGAGAGCUCUGAUCAUCUUGAGAGGGCAGAUGUUAACUAUAGCGAUGGUGUUCUUACAAUUCAUUUUGGAGAGCCAUAUGGUACUUACGUCAUAAAUCGUCAAUCUCCUAAUGAACAGAUUUGGCUGUCUUCUCCAACAAGUGGUCCUAAGCGCUAUGACUACAUUCAAGGUGCUUGGGUAUACCGCCAUGAUGGUGUUGGUCUUCAUACACUCCUUAGCAGAGAAAUAACUAAAAUAGUCAAAAAAGAAGUUGAUUUUAAGGAGUGCAGUCACAGUCAACAACAAUGAUAUUUUUUUUUUUGUGAGAAGAUUUAUGUAAUAUACUGUGAUGUUGCCCCCAAAAAUGUAGUCAUAAAAAUUAUGUUGGAUUUUCCAACUAAUAGUAACCGAGGAUUUCCUUUACAGAGUCCAAUUGUUAUACAAAUAUUAUUUUAUUAGCUACCUUGUUAUAGCAGUCCUGCAAAUGUUGUGUCUAGAAUAUUGUGAGGUGUUUUCUCAGUACACUCUGCAACAAUAGGUAUUGUAAUUUCUUUUCAAAUUAAUUCAAAAAAGCAUGCUACACUUGUGAUAUAUAAUUGCUUUUUUUUUAUUAUUUCCUUCUUAAAAGAAUUGUAGAAAUAAAACACACAUGCACUCGUUUUAUAUUA